AUGUUAGAGGAGGGGUUGGUGGAUGAGCGGUGGGCCUUCACCCCAAUGGAAGGAGUGGUGUUUUUGCGCGGCUGUUACCAGGCAGAUUCCUCACCCGAUCCUCUCUGCUGCCUGCAGGUCAUCGCGGCGCUGGAGCGGCAGAUCUUUGAUUUCCUGGGCUAUCAGUGGGCGCCCAUCCUGGCCAAUUUUUUACACAUCAUGGCUGUCAUCCUGGGCAUCUUCGGGACCAUCCAGUACAGAUCCAAAUACCUCAUCAUGUACGCGGUGUGGCUGGUGCUGUGGGUCGGCUGGAACGCCUUCAUCAUCUGCUUCUACCUGGAGGUCGGGCACUUGUCGCAGGACCGAGACUUCAUCAUGACCUUCAAUACCUCCCUGCACCGCUCGUGGUGGAUGGAGAACGGGCCGGGCUGCCUGGUGACACCGGUGCUCAACUCCCGGCUGGCGCUCGAGGAUCACCACGUCAUCACAGUCAGCGGCUGCCUGCUGGACUACCAAUACAUCGAGGUGCUCAGCAGUGCUGCUCAGAUCUUCCUGGCGCUCUUCGGCUUCGUCUACGCCUGCUAUGUCAGCAAAGUGUUUCUGGAGGAAGAAGACAGCUUUGAUUUCAUCGGUGGGUUUGACUCCUAUGGUUACCAGGCGCCGCAGAAGACGUCGCAUCUACAGCUACAGCCACUGUACACGUGA